GCUUUGCUAGCAGCUUUAGAUCAACACAACUAGCUACAGCUAGCUUGUACAAGCUAGGAAGAAUUAAGGCCGAGGAGAAGAGGAGAUCGACGAGGAUGUCGGGUGUGUGGGUGUUCAAGAACGGUGUGGUGCGGUUGGCGGAGAAUGGCGCGGCGUCGGAGGCGGGAGCGGGAGGAGUAAGGAAGCGGAAGGCACUGGUGCACACGCCGAGCAGGCAGGUGGUGCGGUCGUACACGAAGCUGGAGGGGGAGCUGUGGGCGCUGGGGUGGGAGCGCUACUACGAGGACCCGGCGCUGUACCAGCUCCACAAGCGCGGCUCCCUGGACCUCAUCUCCCUCCCCGCCGACUUCAGCAGGUUCUCCUCCGUCCACAUGUACGACAUCGUCAUCAAGAACCGAGAUUCCUUCAGGGUCGUCGACAUCUAAACUGGCAUCAGCUACCUCUUCGAUCCAUCGAUGCAUGCAUGCAUG